AUGUCGGAUCUAAUCCCUCCACAUGAUCAACCGACUGAUCCUGAGGAGCCGAUAGUAGGUGAGCCAGAAGAUCUCCCGACCCAUACGGACCUGGAAGGCGAGUACGUGGCUGUACCGAAUAUUGAACCCCACCUCGACGAGGAGACGGUGCUUCGAAAUAUGAUACUAGGCGCCAUUCCCCCGCCUGAGCAUUCUCCAGUUCCAUCAACGCCACGCCGGCACCUUAUCCUACCUUCUAUCCCCACUCCCAUUUCUGCCGACAUGAACCCUCGGUUUCGAAUGAAAGACUUCGAUGAUACACUUCAAGAAUGCAUCCAGAACCUGGCAUACCUCCCAGAGUUUGCUGACACCAUGUUCGACGAGAUAAUGUUGAUGGUGCAAGGAAGCGACAAAGCUGAGAACGCACUCAACGAGACCCUGAAGUUCGACGAGAUAAUGUUGAUGGUGCAAGGAAGCGACAAAGCUGAGAACGCACUCAACGAGACCCUGAAGUUCGACAAAAUGCGUCGUUCAGAUUUCAACACAGCGAAGGACUUCAUCACAGAGUACCAAAAACAUUACCACGUCCUCUCGCGCUUCAAGAUACAACCUCGCCCCUUCCACGCACUUUCCCAAGUUCUACGACAACUAGAGAAAGAAAUCUCGAAAGUCCAAUUCAUCAUUGAAGAGAUCAGCAACAUUGAACCAAAGAAGAUCACUCUUAAGAAAAUAGAUCAAUAUUGCAAAAGUCUCCCGGCGGUUUCUGAUAGAGAAGGAACAACCAAUGCGGCUCAGUCUACCAGAGGACGAGGCGGCAACCGCGGAGCGUCCCGCGGAGAACGAGGGGGCAAGAAAGGAAGCAGAUGA